AUGUUUAGUCACUACCGCUAUAAAGAAAAUUCUUGCCAAAAAAGAGAGGCUAUACCAGACAAAUCUCGCGUAUCACUGACAUUUCUUCAGAAAAGAACCGAUUCAUCUAACGUCACUGUUGCAGUGGCCGUUGCUGUUCCCAUUGGUGCUAUUAUUAUAGUACUAUCCGUCGUUUUAAUAGUAGUAUAUAGGAGAUGCAAAAAAGAACCUUCUAUGCAGGAUUUUGACCCAAAUUUUGAGGGCGAUUUAUACUAUUUACCGAAGAUGGAUUCUUCUAUGAAUUCUGCAAACUCAGACAGCAAUGCCACAGAAAAGAGGUUUAUUUAUGGUGGUUAUGACGAUUUUUUGCAACCGUCAAUCGAAAACUCACAAUCUUUCAAAGAUUAUGUGAGGCGUAUCAAUGAGCAUGCACCCUCCGCUUAUAAUAUUGCUUCACUGGCUUCGCAGAAUAACAGCAAGUUAUCGGUCCCCUCCAAGCACAUUGACCUUUCGAAUAAGAUUUCUUUCGAAUCGUUAGAGAAUUCUGAGCUGAUUGUUUCACCACAACACUCAAAUACUGGGCAAGACUGUGAUCAAAGAUGUGAUAGUACGUCAAAUCCUGAUGUAAAUGAAAAGUCCAGCCAUAACAACGAUAAUCGACUUAAAUCGAAUUAUACGAGUCGUAGCGGGCUCGAGCCUCAGUGUUCGAGAGAGGAGGAAGAAAAUAUUGACAGAAUAAGAAGCAUUUAUAACAUUUAUUUUGAGAAAAGUAAUAGCACGAUACGAUCCUCUGUAACUUCUUCGAUACGGCGUGACUCUAAAUUAAACAUCGCUACAAGAAAAAGUGUAAAUAUGAGCUCUCAAGACAAUCCAAAUGAUACUACAUUAAUUGAACAGAGUCACUUCGGAAGUACAACUGUCCAAGAAAUUGAUUCCAGUUCCAGCGCCAAUGAGGAAUAUGAAGAUGCAACUGAUUAUCUGCAAGUGCCGGCACCACAAGAGAAUAAAAACAUUGCAUCGUCAGUAUAUUCAGAAGUAGCAACCAGAGAAAAAGUGAUUCCCGAAUCGUCUCUAUCUCUUACAUUCCCACCACCGAAUGGUCUUUCAACGAGAAUUACCUCAUCAAUAUAUUCUGACACGGUCGCUAAGGACCAUAUUCACUCUGCAAAGGCUCCCGUACGGGCCCUUUCGGAGGGUUCGGGUCAGUCAAAUCUUACUUCUGCUCAGCAAUAUUCUACAUAUUUUAUAGAUCACUGCAACCAGAGCAAUGAUGACAAUUACUACUAUAAUUAUCCCCUCCCGUUAGAACAUCCUCAAAAUUAUGAGAACAUCGGAGAUUUGCCCACGCCUACCCAAUUCAUUUAUUCCACCUCUUCGCAUUCCUUGACGUCAUUCAAAGGAAGGCCUAAACCUCCAAAAACACUAAAACAUGUACCUACAGCUAGGCUUAAUGGGACAGCGUUGAAUCCAAUGGAUCAUCCUGAAAUGUUUUACAGUUCGCCUACGAAAAUACCGUCAACAUCUUUGACAAAGCAAUUUUGUACGCCCCUUCCAUAUCAGCUUAGACAAAGUGUUGUUAUGACCAACCCAUCAGAACUUUCUAUGAAACCUCGCUAUAAGCCUGCAGGAUCUUUAAGAAAUUUAAUAAAGGCCCAAUAUCUCCCUGGUAACUCAUCCACUACAACAUCAUCUUCUUUAUCACAACCGCCGUCAACGUUGUCAAAUGCAAUAAAUUUCCGUGUUAGUGGGUUAUUGGAUGACACUGACAUCUUGCAGCCUCCUAGUGUGGGGGAAAUCUUACCUUUUAAAGCUUCUACGGAAGACUUAAGGAAGCAACUGGGCACAUCCCAUAAUUACGAAAUAACACCGUACGAGAAUGUACAUGUAUAA